GUGGAGAUGGGGCGCCGACCAUGACAGAUUGUUGUCGGGCGGUGUCUGUUUCUUUUCGUUUUUACCGCGGAAGAAUAACAAUAAUCUGAAAUUUCAUGAAUUUUUGAUAUUUUAUACGAAAGUGUAUGGCAGUUUAAGCCCUCCGUGAAGUAAAUUGUUGGUGUGAAUUGGGGUGAAAAAGGCCAGUUACUCUCAGCCAUCAUGUUCCAUCUAAGGUCUCCGGACUCUAUUUUUAAGCUCGUUUUAGGGAUAUCGAUUGGUGUUGUUGUGUUCAUCAUCAUACAAAUGUCUUAUCUGCCUUCAAAUGACCAAAGAGAGCUGGACUUCGAUGGCACACUGGAGCAGCGUCUGAUCCACCUGGAGAGUGACAUCUCACAGAACCGGCAUGUGGCCGGCCAGCUGCACAAGGCGGUAAAGGAGCUGAUGACGGCCGCGCCACCUCCAGACCAGCACCAGCAGGCCGACCAGCUGGAUGUGGCUGCCAACCAGCACCAGCAGGCCGCCCCGCAGCGGGCGGCUGCAGAAUGGCAGCAGGAGCGGCAGCAGCAGCGGCGACAGCCAGGCAGCAUGGCAGGAUUCUGCGAAUUUGGCCAGCAGUCACCUAAGACCACCGACGUACAGAUGCUGGACCUCUACAAGGAGAUGCCUUUCGACAACCCCGACGGUGGCGCCUGGAAGCAGGGCUGGGAGUUGACCUACGACACCAGCCAGUGGAGCGCGGCGAAGAAGCUGCGCGUCUUCGUGGUGCCCCACUCGCACAACGACCCCGGGUGGAUCAAGACGUUCGAGCAGUACUACGCGGGUCAGACCCGCAACAUCUUCAACUCGAUGGUGGCGAUGCUGGAGCGCUUCCCGCGCAUGAAGUUCAUCUGGGCUGAGAUCUCGUACCUGGACCUCUGGUGGAGCGAGAUCUCGCCCGAGGUCAAGGCCAAGGUCAAAAGGCUGGUGUCGCGGGGUCAGCUGGAGCUGGUGACGGCCGGCUGGGUGAUGCCGGACGAGGCCAACACGCACUACUGGGCCGUCCUCGAGCAGCUGGUCACCGGACACGAGUGGCUGCGGCUGAACCUGAACGCCACCGUCAGUAACGGCUGGUCGAUCGACCCGUUCGGCCUCUCGCCGACCUUGGCGUACGUGCUGCGCCGCUCCGGCCUCGACCACAUGGUGAUCCAGCGCGCCCAUUACGCCGUCAAGCGCCGCCUAGCGCGGCACAAGCAGCUCGAGUUCUGGUGGCGGCAGACCUGGGACAGCGGCGACAGCACCGACAUGUUCUGCCACGUGAUGCCGUUCUACAGCUACGACGCGCCGCACUCGUGCGGGCCCGACCCCAAGGUGUGCUGCCAGUUUGACUUCGCGCGGCUGCCCGGCGGCAAGUACAACUGUCCGUGGCGCGUGGCGCCGCGGCCAAUCAACGACGGCAACGUCGCCGAGAGGGCGGCCACGCUGCUGGACCAGUACCGGAAGAAGGCGCAGCUGUACAACAGCCGGGUGGUGAUGGUGCCGCUAGGCGACGACUUCCGCUACGACAGCGCGCACGAGUGGGAGGCGCAGUACGUCAACUACCAGCGCCUCUUCGAUCACAUGAACGGCCAGACGGACUGGCACGUGGAGGCUCAGUUCGGUACGCUGGCCGACUACUUCGCGGCGCUGGAGGCGGACGCACGGAAGGAGGCGGCGGCCGGCCUGGCGGCCUUCCCCCGGCUCUCCGGCGACUUCUUCACCUACGCCGACAAGAACGACGAGUACUGGAGCGGCUACUACACGUCGCGUCCCUUCCACAAGAGCAUGGACCGCGUGCUCAUCAGCCAGCUGCGGGCUGCCGAGCUGCUGUAUUCGCUGGCGCUGGCGGCGGUCGGCCCCUCGCCGUCGGUAGAGCUCUCUUCGCACACGUCCCAGCUUCUGGCCGACCUGGUGCUGGCCCGGCGCGCGCUCAGCCUCUUCCAGCACCACGACGGCAUCACCGGCACCGCCAAGGACAGGGUGGUCAUCGACUACGGCAACAAGCUGCUGAAGGCGCUGGAGCGGUGCCAGCGCGUGCUGCAGCAGUCGGCGCAGGCGCUGCUGCUGCCGGAGCCGGCCGCCUGGCAGCCCGACAUCAGCGCCGUGUACUGGGAGCCGGCCGAGCGGCGGCGCGGCCCUGAGCGGCUGGCCGAGCGGCGCACGCUGUCGCUGGCCGACGGCGAGCGCGCCGUGCUCGUCUACAACGAUCUGGCGCACCGGCGCGUCGAAGCCGUCAGCCUGCAUGUGUCCAGCGCGCACGUGGAGGUCACGGACCCGCGAGGGCGAGUGUUGAAGUCGCAGUGCGCGCCCGUUUUCGACGGUGUCGCCGCCCUGGUGGACGGCGUGCACAAGCUGACGUUCGUGGCGACGCUGGCGCCGCUCAGCCUCGCCGUCUUCACUGUGCGCCAGGUGGCGCCGAUGGAGAACGGCCGGCACGAGCUGGCGCUCGUGACGCUGGUGCACGUGCCGAAGGGGCAGCAAGUGUCGCCGGGCCGGGCCGCUCCAUACGCCGUCGAGUACUCGCCGCCUGCCCCCGUCACCUUCGGCUCCACCGACCUGACGCUGGAGCUGGGGCCUGACGGUCUGAUGACGUCACUGACGCGCGUGGGAUACGAUCGGACGGCGCUCUCCGUGGACUUCGUGACGUACGGGGCGCAGCGCGGCCCGGACCCGUCCGGGGCGUACCUGUUCAUGCCGGACGGUGCAGCGCGCUCGUACCACCGCUCGGCCUGGCCGUACCGGGUGGAGCGCGGCCCGGUAGCGGCCGAGCUCGCCGUCCAGCUGCCCGACCUCACGCACACGGUCCGGCUCGUGCGCGCAGAAGGCGCCGACGACGCCUCGUGGGUGGAGAUCCAGAACCGCGCCGACAUGUCGCGCCGGCGGAACGUCGAGCUGGCCAUGAGGCUUCACUCGUCCAUCAGCAGCGGUGACCGCUUCGUCACCGACCUCAACGGCUUCCAGACGAUCGAGCGCCGCACGUUCGAGAAGCUGCCGACGCAGGCCAACUUCUACCCGGUGCCGGGCAUGAUGUACAUCGAGGACGAGCGCGCUCGGCUGACACUGACGCUAGCGCAGCCGCUGGGCGGCGCUAGUCUCGGCCCCGGUCAGAUGGAGGUGAUGCUGGACCGCCGGCUGAUGCAGGACGACAACCGCGGCCUCGGCCAGGGCGUCACCGACUCCCGCGUCACGCUCAGCACCUUCCGACUGGUGCUGGAGCACCCCAACCAGCAGGAGGCGCCACAGAAGCCACUGCCGUCGCUGCUGGCGCACGCGGCGCACCGCUCCCAGCUGCACCCCGUGCACGCGCUGCUGCACAGCCGCUCCUGCGCAGCCGUGCCCGGCAAGCUGAACGUGGCCCACCUGCUGCCGGAGGGCUUCCAGGCGACGGCGACGCAGACUUCGCUGACGGGCGUCCACCUCGGCCGCUCGGUCGCGCUGGCGGCGCCGCUGGCGCUGGACCCCAUGGAGCUGUACGCCUUCCGGCUGAAGCGGCUGUGA